AUGGGUUUUCAGGAAACUCAUCAUGAUUCCCAAGAGCCAAGAUGGUUAGUUGCCUGGCCUCCAAAUGAGCUGGAGUUUGUCUUGGACUCCAAGCAUGAGAAUUUGCUGAAAGCAGCCAUGUUCCUGGUAAACUUGUCCCCUGAUAUUCAGGUCAGGGUCAAGGUCAAGGCCCCUGCCAGGGCAGCAGAAAUGGUUGCUGCUUCUCCUUCAACUUGUCUUCUGCUUCCCAGGCAAUCCAAGAAGAUCACCUUCUUUGCCAGGGAUUAUGAUGAGUCAUGUUGUAAGAUCAAGGUAAUACAGCUUUCCUUUCUUUUAUCCACUUAUAACUCAUCAAAUUGUUGGCAGUUGGAAGCUGAAAGACUCAUGAUGGAUGCCACCUCAAACCUCAAGGAACAGCACAACUAUUGGGUUGAUGAGAAUGUGCAGGAGAAGCUGAUUCAAGAACUGAAGUCAAUUAUAUCUGGAAAUGCAGUUUGCAGUCAAUCAGCACCUUUGGAGAAAGUAUCUACACCAGUCUCAGGUAGAUUAAUAGAAUUGCAUUCUGAUGGCCCUGGGUGCUCAAGUAGCACCUCAACAGAGACUAGUUUCAAGUCCCUGCCAGACUCGGGUGAAGCUCACAAAUACACAAUUUUGGGAUCAUCGCUCUUGUGCAAUUCUGGAAGAAGUCAGCAGUUGGGAUUCAAAGUGGAAGAACAUCCAGAAUAUGUUCCUUGUGAGGCUCAAUGUGUGGAUGAGGAUGUGGCCUCAGCUCCUAAACCUUCUGUAUUUUGUGCAUCCAUAGAAGAUGCUGCAAUGGGUAACAAAUUCAAAGAACUGCCUCCUUUGCAAACUUUCAAAUCAUCAGUGGGAAUCAUCAAGAUUGGCCUUAUGGAUUCUAAAAACAGUUCUCAACCAAGCUUGACACAAGCCAGCUCACUGAAAUGCUCUGAAAUAAUCCAUCCAAAGACUCCAGUCCCAUUUUCUACACACUGUAAAGUCCCAGUCAAAAAGACUCCCAAGAAACCAACAACCAUCAACCAGCUGGCGAAAAUGUACCUCAGAAAACAUGGUGUCUCUGAUCCCCUGAGACAGGAUAUGGGUGACUGUAAAAUGGAGCCUGUUGCUGAAAGGAAUAAAUUCUCCUGUAGUGUGAAUCCCUUUUUUAAGACACUCACUGGUGGUGUGAGCAUUCUUGCCAAGUCACUCAUUGGACUUUGUUUUGCUGGUGUACUGAUCUGUGUUCUGGAGGAGCUCAUGGAAUCUCUACAUUGA